AUGGAUCACGAGUCGCAAAGUGGGCAGAGCUGCCAAGUGAAGCGCACUGAUUUUACCCUGCUGCCUGCUGCAGUUAGCACACAACGAACAGUACAAAAGGAUAUCGACACCAAGUGGCGUGAUCCCCGUGGCGAGGCCCGUGAGAACACCAAGGGACGAGUUCACAUUGAAAAAAAAACGGGCUUGCUUGCUUUGGUCUUUGAGCACAUCUCACUGGAUGAUAAGGGCAACUGGACUUGUGAGCUGAAUGAGGAGACUGCGAAAAAAUCCUUUGAGCUGCUUGUAAAUCAGAAAAUCUCAUUUGACAAGACCGAGUUGGUGCAAUCGGUGCGCGAAGGACGAGAUGCACUGGUCAAUUGCUUCGUCAAGGGACAGCCCACGCCGGAAGUCUCCUGGCUGCACAAUGGCGAAUAUAUAAACACUGUGAACUCAACCAAGCACAAGCGCCUGUCCGACGGACUCUUCAUCAGAAAUGUUAGCCAAACGGAUGCUGGCGAAUACACAUGUCGAGCUAUGCGCAUUACGCCCACAUUUUCCGACUCCGAUCAAAUAACCAUAUUGCUAAGGAUACAGCACCGACCGCAGUGGUUCUACAAUGAGACGCUGCCCGUUCAGUAUUCGUAUAUGGGUGGCUCAGUUAAUCUCAGCUGCGACGCCAUGGGCGAGCCACCGCCAUCCUUCACCUGGCUGCAUAACAACAAAGGCAUUCUGGGCUUCAAUCAUCGCAUCUUCAUGGCCGACUAUGGGGCCACACUGCAGCUGGACAUACGCAAUGCCAGUCAGUUUGGUGACUACAAGUGCAAGGUGGCCAAUCCGCUGGGCACGCUGGAGCGCGUCAUCAAGCUGCGUGCGGGCCCCAAGCCUAUUGGGCCCACACGCUUUCAGCUGAAGCGUCUGCUUUCGAUGGCUUUGAAGCUGGAUCUGCGCACGCCGCGCAUGUUCAACGUCUCGGAUGAGAUGCAGGUCUUUGGCUAUCGCGUGGCCUACAUAAGCGAUAGCGAUUUUAAGUUCAACGCCGGCAACUGGUCGCAUGCCAAGCAGCGUGACUUCUCCUUUCAUCGCGGACAUCGCUUCAUCAUACCGCAUUUGAAAGCCAAUACGACGUACUUUAUACGCGCCGCCUCACGCAAUUUGGCUGGACUCAGUGACUGGAGUGGAGUCCGGAUAUUUGCCACCGCAACUGCUGCGCGCCUAAGUUUGUGGCAUCAACUGUUCUGUCUGCUGCUGCUUGCACCCGCUUUGAUUUGGCAUUAGAAACAAUUUUCGGGAUACGUUUUAUAUAGUCUAAGUUACUCAACAUGUUGUUAAUUGCUGGCCUGUUAUCUAUUUAUUUUUAUUUAAUUUAUUCUACGCAUAUCUUCUGUGAUAGAAUUUUGUGUGCAUUUCCAACUCGGUUUGUGGAUCGCUUGGCUUUCCUACACUUAGCCAAAUUAGCUGCCAAUUAGCCAGUUCGUACUUUAGUUUAAGUUUGUUUAAAGCGAGUCAAACUAAACAUAAAUAUACAUAUUGCAUUGUCAAGUCUACCUUAUAGUUAAAUGUAAAAGCCUAACUCUAAAUAAAUGUUGUUCGAGCGUAACUAACAAAUUGAUAGCAUGAAUGUCAACACUUUGAAGAAUUUUACACAAAAAGAAAGUCCAAAUUAUUGAAUAAAACCAACAGCAGUUAAAUAUACAUACUUAGUGCGUGUAACGAAUUCAAACAACAAAUAUGAAAAUCUAUAAUGAAUGUGGAUUUAUACUAGCUUAAUUAAUAUACAAUUCAGACACCUAGCUCCUAAGCUGAUGAAUAUGAUCAAUAUGGUAAUAAAUACAACUUAAAUGU